UGGCCUUAAAUUUCCAGACACCUGGACUACAAAUGGAGCUGCAAAAUGGAAAAUUUAUGGACAACGGUUGUUGUGGCUAUCUUCUAAAACCAGAAUUCAUGAGAGAUUCUGCUACGCAGUUUAAUCCAUAUAAUGUAACAGGAAACCAUAAUCCAAUAACUCUUUCAAUAAGGCUUAUUAGUGGUUAUCAGUUACCACCUAGUAACCUCUCCAGGACUAAUAAAGCUGAUCCUUUAGUCCAGAUAGAAAUUCAUGGUGUGCCAGAAGAUCAAGUAAAACAACAGACUUGUGUCAUAAAAAGCAAUGCUUUGUGCCCUAGGUGGAAUGAAACUUUUACUUUUAAUGUUCAAGUUCCAGAACUGGCAUUAGUACGCUUUUCUGUGGAAGAUCAGAUAUCGCUAGCUGCAAAUGAGUUCCUGGGCCAAUACACUUUACCACUGCUGUGCAUGAAUAAAGGUUAUCGUCAUGUUCCUCUGUUUUCCAAACUCGGUGACAGACUUGAUCCUGCAUCACUCUUUGUGUAUAUUUGGUACUAUUAAUGAUGACAUUAGCAGUACUCCUGAACUGGCAUACUCCUCAAUAAAGCAACCAUCAUGUAGCUUGCAAACAACAGUUUAGUGCGUGGCCUGAUUUUCAGAGAUGCUGAGCAC